UCAACAUCCCACCCUAUGUUGCAGGCACUCCAACAAGCCAGCCAGGCUGCUUCUUUACAGGUAAUGGGCUUUAUCAUGGGCCUGCCUCAAUCACAGGCCCGGCCCAUUGUCAGUGCUGACUUUUCCGAUCGCAUUUCCUCGCCUGACGUUUCUAUGCACGGUAACUGUUGCUCCUGCUGCCUGCCUGAGCUCCUCUUCCGCCUCGUCGGUCUCUUUCGGCGAUGUCCGACUCGGAGCGCAACCGGUUCUGCCCCUGCAAAUUCUGGCACUGACGCCGAUUUAAAACCGAGAGAGGCUGCUAGAAGAAAAGAGAUGGAAAGACAGAUGAUUGCAAAGUUUCAAAGAUGGCGUAGUCUUUACAUCCCUGCGAACAACACAGGAAGAUGCAGUGAAGCAACUCUAAGCUGCCGUUCAUUACACAAUGGUCCCGACACUGUCGAAGAGCUCUUGGACAGACACGUGGUGAAGAAGGUGAAGUCCCUAGAUGACGAGGAGGAGGAGCUGCAAGCCCAGCGGCGGCUCACAAGCGCUCGAAGAGAGGCCUUGAGUCUCUACAGGGACAUCCUUCGGGCCAGUCGGUUCUUCAUGUGGCCUGAUUCCCGCGGAGUGCUGUGGAGGGAUGUGUUGAGGGAGAAUGCUCGGCAGGAGUUCGAGGAGGCCCGAUUCGAAAAGGACCCAGAGAUCGUGACAAGAUUACUCAUUGGGGGGAGGGAUGCAGUGCAGUCAGCAUUAGAGAAGCUCGCUGAGAAGCAGCGGCAGCAGAUUGAGAAGGAACGUGGAGGCAGCGGGGAACCUCGGUAAUGGUUAAGUGAAUUGGAAGGAAGACAAACCUGUACAUUUGCUUCCUCUUCUUUUGGUCAUCUUGCUGUGUAAGUCUGUUGUAUUUUGUCAACGAUUUCGUGAAGUUCCCAUUUCAUCGUUGAUGUACAAAAUCAAGGAAUGAGUCUCUUUACAUGCACGUGAAGUUAAUCUCUGCCCUGUUUUUCCAGGAUGUAUGCAUCUUUAGAUUUUUUUUUGGCUGAAUGUAUGCAUCUUAAGACUAUGCACACACAUCGGAUCACUUGCUCCCUAUGUUGUGAUCAUUAGCAAUAA